AUGGCCCUGGGGGCAAUGUUGGCACAAGAAGUAAAGAAUCUGGAGAGAGCCAUCUAUUACAUCAGUAAGAAACUCCUUGCUUAUGAGGAGAAUUAUUCACUAAUAGAAAGAACCUGUCUGGCUGUAGUAUGGGCAACUAAGAAGUUAAGGCACUACUUUCAGACUCAUCGAGUUAUUGUAGUAUCCCGGAUGGAUCCUUUAAAGUACCUAUUUGAAGUACCGACGCUAGUUGGAAAAUUGGCCAAAUGGUUGGUCCUAUUGUCUGAAUUUGAUAUUGUGUAUGAGACUCGAAAAACCAUUAAAGGGCGUGUAGUGGCCGAAUCUCUUUCUGAAAAUCCAGUUAAUGAAGGGGAAGAAGUCGAAACAGCCUUCCCGAAUGAGAGUCUCAAGCUAGUAGAGGUCCAGCCAUGGAAAAUGUACUUUGAUGGGGCCAUGAAUAAGAGCGGAGCCGGUAUAGGGGUAGUUUUGGAAGCACCGAAUGGAGAACAAUUGUUAAUGUCAAAAAGGCUAUGUUUCCCAACCACUAAUAAUAUUGCAGAAUAUGAGGCUUGCAUUUGUGGCCUGGAGGCAUUACUAGCUGUUGGGGCUAAAAAAGUGGAGGUGUUCGGAGAUUCAAUGCUAGUGGUUUCCCAUGUUAAAGGUGAAUGGGAAUUGAAAGAAGAAAAGUUGAGGCCAUACCUGGAGUAUGCUAAGAAACUAUUAUUUAGCUUUGAGGAAGUGACAAUGAAGCACAUGCCUAGAGCUCAGAACCAGAUAGCUGAUGCUCUAGCCACGCUGGCAUCCUUAUGGGAGAAGGGUGAUCAGAAGCUGACCCAGCCAGUUAUCUUGAUGAGGAGUAGAAUCCCAUGCUAUGAAGGGUUAAUAAUAGCACAUUUAGAUCUAGAAGAUGAGAUGAAAUGGUAUGAGGACAUAAGAAGAUAUUUAGAGGUAAGAGAAUACCCACAUACCAAUAGUAGGGAUAGAGCUACAAUUCGUAGAUUAGCCACUCAUUCACUUUGGGGUCAACUCUAUAAAAGGUUCUUCGAAGGACUAUUGCUCUUGUGUGUGAUGAAAAAGCAGUCUGAGCAGAUAAUGGAGGAAGUACAUGCAGGAGUGUGUGGUCCUCACAUGAACGGAAGGGUAUUAGCAGGCAAAAUUUUAAGAUUGGGCUAUUACUGGUCUACCAUGGAUACUGACUGUGCUAAAUUUGUGAAAAGAUGUCAUGAGUGCCAAAUCCAUGGGAAUUUGAAUUACCUAUCAUUCAGUUGA